AUUGGGUUGUGAUACUGCUGCUGUUUUACCGACCUACUUGGAAGUCGCCACGUAAUGCUAACGCACGCAAUCCAUUAGUGCUUGAUCAGUAAAAUCACCGGGUUCGACUUGUUUAUUCGACUGCAAAAUAGACUAAGUAAUUCUCCUUUUUUUUCAGAAGGAAGGACGGCCAGCAGCAACAUGGCCCAAAGUGACAUUGGUGAUUGGUACCGUGGAAUCCCCCAGAUCACGCGGGGAUGGUUUACCGGGUCUGUGGUCAUUCCGUUGGCCGCGAAAUUCGGUCUUCUCAACCCCAUGUGGUUGAUUCUGACCUUCCAGCAAGUGGUUUAUAGAUUUCAGAUCUGGCGCCCCGUUACUGCCCUCUUUUACUACCCUAUCACCCCGAUGACUGGUUUCCACUACCUCAUACAGCUCUAUUUCUUGUACAACUACUCGCGUAGAUUAGAGACCGGUGUAUUUGAUGGCAGGCCUGCGGAUUAUUUGUUCAUGCUGAUAUUCAACUGGAUUUGCCUUGUUAUAAUUGGUUUUAUCGCACCACUGAUGCUACUGAUGGAUCCCAUGGUAUUGAGCGUUCUGUAUGUUUGGUGUCAAUUGAAUCGUGACGCCAUCGUACAGUUCUGGUUUGGCACACAGUUCAAGGCCAUGUACCUACCCUGGGUCCUGGUUGCAUUCAACAUGAUCAUCAGAGGGGCUGGACUUUCAGAGCUACUUGGCAUUAUAGUCGGCCAUCUGUACUUCUUUCUGAUGUUCAAGUAUCCCCAAGACUUUGGUGGUCGUGCCUUCCUCAGAACACCAGAAAUUCUGUACAAGUAUUUCCCCAAUCGGCAAGGUGGAGUGAGUGGUUUUGGCAUGGCGCCAGCUAGCCGGCGCCCUCGUGAGGAGAACCACGACCAGCCUGCCGGAAUGCGUUAUCGAUGGGGACAAGGGCAGCAGUUAGGGGGACAGUAACCGACACAGCCAUGAGAUGUUUGCGAAAUCUUGCGUUCGCCUUCGGCUUCAGGAGACUUUAGGCCCCUAAGUAGGGGAACUCUAGCUUAAUUUAGGGCCAAGUUUUGGGAACGUCAGAUCCUGUAGUAUGAGACCAUUCAUGGAACAGGCAAUAAACUGAUGGUCCGUUAUGUUACUAAUGAAUUAUUCUGGCUAUUAGCAACCCAACAUGCAAAUUUACAUGUUUUUGUAAAAUACAAUGUAUUGCUCUCAUCAAUUGUUCAGCCUUUGUGCGUAUAUAUGUAAAUAUUUCAGUGUCCAAAAAAAUACACUGGCACAUUAUUAUGAUCACUAUUUAAUUCAUUUUUCAGUUUUGUUAUGGAUUUUUGUCUGAGGGGAAAAACUGUAAAAAUACUUUUAAAACAUGGAUGUAAAUCUUUGUAGAAGUUGUAACAUUUCAAAUCAAAUGUUAACCUCAGUUAAUUGCAUACCUGGGCCGAAUUUCACGGCGCUGCUAAGCAAAAAAAUUUGCUAAGCAAAAAAUUUGCUUAGCACAAAAAAGACAUGGCUUAUAAAAACAGUGUACCAGCCAAAACACAUUAUUUUCAUGCUGUAGCAAACAACAGCUCAAUACUAAUCCAGAGCAAUAAACAUCACAUGGAGUUUUGGCCGGUAACCUGAAAUUAUAAGCCAGACUUUCUUUUUGCUAAGCAAAUUUUUGUGCUUAGUAGCGCAGUGAAAUUUAACCAUUGUCAUGUGUCAGGUGAAGAAAAGUUGAAUUGUUCAAAAACUUUUUGUGAUUCUAUUACUUGCUGUUAUAAACAACCAUUUUUUUCCUUAUCUGAGAUCAGUGUGUAAGCACCUACUAAAUAUACGGAUGGAUCUUCAGUUCUUUAACAUUUUUUUUGGGGGGGGGGGUAUUUUAUUGGUUUUGGAUUGAAUAAUAAAAUUACUUUCUGUGUAAAUAAGUUUACUGAAAAUAUCUUGAAGAAACGUCUGCUCUCUUUAUAUUUCCAUUUUUAAUGACAUUAAACCCAUGCGUUACAGACCUUUAAAGGAAUAUCGAUCUUCUUAUAAUCUUAUGCACGAUUGCAAACAUGAGGUAAAAUGCAGAUUGACUUAAAUUGAGCAAAGCAUAGCUGUCAUACAACUAGUGUGUAAUUAAAUCAAUACUUUCUAAUGACGAG